AUGUCCCCACACCCUCCUCUACACGUCCCCACACCCUCCUCUACAUGUCCCCACACCCUCCUCUACGUCCCCACACCCUCCUCUACGUCCCCACACCCUCCUCUACAUGUCCCCACACCCUCCUCUACAUGUCUCCACACCCUCCUCUACAUGUCCCCACACCCUCCUCUACGUCCCCACACCCUCCUCUACAUAUCCCCACACCCUCCUCUACAUGUCCCCACACCCUCCUCUACAUGUCCCCACACCCUCCUCUACAUGUCCCCACACCCUCCUCUACGUCCCCACACUCUCUUCUACAUGUCCCCACACCCUCCUCUACGUCCCCACACUCUCUUCUACAUGUCCCCACACCCUCCUCUACAUGUCCCCACACCCUCCUCUACGUCCCCACACCCUCCUCUACAUGUCCCCACACCCUCCUCUACAUGUCCCCACACCCUCCUCUACAUGUCCCCACACCCUCCUCUACAUGUCCCCACACCCUCCUCUUCAUGUCCCCACACCCUCCUCUACAUGUCCCCACACCCUCCUCUACAUAUCCCCACACCCUCCUCUACAUAUCCCCACACUCUCCUCUACAUGUCCCCACACCCUCCUCUACAUGUCCCCACACCCUCCUCUACAUGUCCCCACACCCUCCUCUACGUCCCCACACUCUCUUCUACAUGUCCCCACACCCUCCUCUACGUCCCCACACUCUCCUCUACAUGUCCCCACACCCUCCUCUACAUGUCCCCACACCCUCCUCUACAUGUCCCCACACCCUCCUCUACAUGUCCCCACACCCUCCUCUACAUGUCCCCACACCCUCCUCUACAUGUCCCCACACCCUCCUCUACGUCCCCACACUCUCUUCUACAUGUCCCCACACCCUCCUCUACGUCCCCACACUCUCCUCUACAUGUCCCCACACCCUCCUCUACAUGUCCCCACACCCUCCUCUACAUGUCCCCACACCCUCCUCUACAUGUCCCCACACCCUCCUCUACAUGUCCCCACACCCUCCUCUACGUCCCCACACUCUCCUCUACAUGUCCCCACACCCUCCUCUACGUCCCCACACCCUCCUCUACAUGUCCCCACACCCUCCUCUACAUAUCCCCACACCCUCCUCUACAUGUCCCCACACCCUCCUCUACGUCCCCACACCCUCCUCUACAUGUCCCCACACCCUCCUCUACGUCCCCACACCCUCCUCUACGUCCCCACACCCUCCUCUACAUGUCUCCACACCCUCCUCUACGUUCCCACACCCUCCUCUACAUGUCCCCACACUCUCCUCUACAUGUCCCCACACCCUCCUCUACAUGUCUCCACACCCUCCUCUACAUGUCUCCACACCCUCCUCUACAUGUCCCCACACCCUCCUCUACAUGUCCCCACACCCUCCUCUACAUGUCCCCACACCCUCCUCUACAUGUCCCCACACCCUCCUCUACAUGUCCCCACACCCUCCUCUACAUGUCCCCACACCCUCCUCUACAUGUCCCCACACACUCCUCUACAUGUCCCCACACCCUCCUCUACAUGUCCCCACACCCUCCUCUACACGUCCCCACACCCUCCUCUACAUGUCCCCACACCCUCCUCUACAUGUCCCCACACCCUCCUCUACAUGUCCCCACACCCUCCUCUACAUAUCCCUACACCGCUCUGAGAUAG